CUUGACAGUGUAAACAUCGACGUGCCCGAAGAUUAUGAACCAUACUCCUGUGUUAAAAGAUAGGAAUUAUGGUUCACAAUCUUCGGGCACGUCGAUUUCAUUCAUGCCUCUGUCCAUCAGUUUUCUCUGUGCUACUUUCGAGUAAACAUCCCACUCCCUGUUUUCGUGCAAAAAUCUCUCGUUUUCACGUGAAUUUCGUGCCCAGGAACCCAUCGUGAGUGCCCCGUGAUAGCGUGCGUGUGCCGAAGAUGUCGCUGAGUCGUCUGUGGUCGGUGCGAAAGGGCCUCAAAGUUGUGGCCACGGUGGCGCAGCAGAGUCGAUGGAUACGCUCGAGUGCCUCCCUCGGAGACAAGCUGGCCACGAAGAAUGUCCAGAAGCACGAUUGGAAUCGUGCCGUGAGUGAGGCUGAGAAGAUUGUGGGCUACCCCACGUCCUUCCUCAGUCUCCGGUGGCUCCUUAGCGAUGAAAUUGCCAAUGUAGCCCUGCACCUACGGAAGCUCGUCGGUAGCAACCAUCCCCUCCUGAAGACGGCCAAGAAUCUCCUCUACAAUGGCAAGAAUAACAUGCAGGCCUGGGGGCUCAUUGUCCUGCUCGUCUCCAAGGCAGCUGGGCAUGCUGAAAGUAUCCCGGAUAUGGAGCAGGAUAAAUCAGCUGGGGUUCUGCACUCCCAGAGGGGUCUUGCUGAGGUCACGGAGAUGAUUCGCAUCUCGCACCUCGUGCACCAGGGGCUGGUGAAUCUGCAACCACUCACCGUGGCUGGGAGUGAUCUCAACAUCAAUCACAGCGAUAUGACCUUUGGGAAUAAGAUUGCUCUUCUCAGUGGGGACUACCUUCUGUCCAAUUCCUGCUCUGAACUUGCAAGUCUCAGGAAUCAGGAAGUUAUUGAACUCAUCUCGUCGGCUGUGCGUGAUCUCACUGAAUCUGAAUUCAUUGGGGAUCGUGAUCAGCAGAAUAAGCCGUUGCCGUCGAAGCCACGGCAAUUGCGGAAUCGCACAACGGAUGCCACGGAUGAUUUUGAUUUCAACGAUGUGGCACUCCCGUUGGAUACGGAUGAGGCAAUUGGGGAUCCAGAGCGUGAGUGGGCUGUCAGGCAUAUUCUGAGUGCUGGCAGUCUCCUUGGGAAGAGUUGCCAGGGUGCACUGAAGCUUGCGGGGCAACCCAAGGAGCUCCAGCACCAGGGCUACCUCUUCGGGAAGCAUCUAGCACUUGCCUGGCAGGCUUGUCUCGAUCUCGAACCCUUCCAGACCACCACGUUGCCAUUGGGUACAACAUUUAGUCUGGUUUCGGCGCCGGUUCUCUUCCACUUGGAGUACGAUCCAAGUUUGUAUGAGGAGAUGCUGAAGGGCCGGGAUAACGUCGAGGCGAUUGACUAUGCCAAAGUCCAUGCAGCCGUCAUCAAGGGUCCCGGACUCGAGAAGACGCGUGAUCUACAGAGGAAGCACAGCUUGGCGGCUCUCAAAGUUCUCGAUGAACUACCCUCGUCUGAUGCCCGGACAGCCCUGCAGAAUAUCAUUCUCGCCAUGCAGGAUUUGUAGCAUUGGGAGAUGCCCCUCUGGAGCUGUUUUCCGUCCAAAUUGUGAGGGCAUUCGUGUGCUCCCAAAUUGAAUGCAAAAAUUUAGAUUUUAGGGGUGAAUGGUGCUCUUCAUUGUUAAAUCUUCCUCUUUUUUUUUUAUUGUCCUUUUUACAUAUUUUGUAGAGUUAUUGCUAUUUAUGAAAGAAAAAAAACAUACUCAUUGGGAAAUUCUGCUCUUUACGCAGCUUUAAGAUCCAGUGUUGGAGUUUCUGUAUAGAUAAAAAAAAUUGUUGAGAUAUAUUUACAUUAACACGUUGUUCCCCAUCACACUCUGUAGAAUAAUUUUUUAUUAAAAAUUUUGUACGUAGAA